AUGGCGUCCGUUGCCCAAUUCAAACGUCUCGUCCGCUUCGUGCCUCGAUCAGACUCGUCGAAGGUUUUGAUAGGACAGCCAAGCGAUGAAAAUGUCGAUGUUGGGCUUGCUUUGCGGAAGGGCCAGGAUGUGUCGGUGGACAUCUUCUCGGGAUCUUCUGUCCUCUCUCCUGGGAAGCAGACCGGAAGUAGUGCUAUCAUUGACAGAGUCCUGUCGCCAUUAGCGGUAUCUGAAGUGGGAACUAUUCGAUGCAUUGGUUUGAAUUAUAAACAACAUGCUGCCGAGGUCAACAUGGCACUUCCGACGGUGCCAACAGUUUUUAUGAAACCCAACACCUCCCUCGGGGACCCUUGGCCCACGCCAACAAUACUUCCCAAGAUUACCCAGGAAGACGACUGUGGGGACUAUGAAUCUGAAUUAGCCGUGGUCAUUGGGAAGACAGCAAAGAAUGUCUCUGAAGCAGAUGCGUUGGACUACGUCUUGGGCUACACGGCCGCCAACGAUAUAUCGAGUCGUACGAGUCAGUUUGCUCAGAGCCAGUGGAGCUAUUCCAAGGGUUUCGACGGAGCUUGUCCUAUAGGCCCUGUUCUUGUCUCACCGAGUUUGAUACCCGAUGCAUCAAAACUGCAUAUUCGUGGCCUCAAGAAUGGAGAAGUGCUUCAAGAUUGUGGAAUCGACGAUCUCAUCUUCUCCCUACCCAAGAUCAUCAGCUUCCUAUCUCAAGGGACGACAUUGCCUGUCGGCACUUUGAUCAUCACUGGCACGCCGGCCGGAGUGGGAAUUGUCCGCAAGCCCAAGGUGACAAUCAAGGCUGGCGAUGAAUUCGCCGUAGAGAUUUUACCACAUAUCGGCACUUUGGUGAACGUGUUUGAGAAUGAAAAGUAG